AUGAUGGACGUAAAACUUGAAAGGGACAGAAAAUCUCAAUUAUGCCAAGAGUGUGUUGAGUGGCUUUCUGUUGUAACAGGAUGUGAGAAUUGUUAUGCUUCUUUGCAGGAUGGGGAGAGUGAUUCUAUGACGUACGUGGCGGCGUCUUCAUCGCAUCUUUUCAUGAUUGGAAAAAAACAUGAUCUUGUUGAAGAAGAAAGGGGAUAUGGUAUUAGUUUUAAUGCUUGCAAAGCUGCAACCGUUCAGGGUGAUUCCAUGUUGCUUUGUAUCGAUGAUGUAAGUGACAGCAGUUGCGUUCCGUUUCAGGGCCAAAAGGUCAAGACCUUUUUGGAAGGUGAAAAAACAGGUAGCUUACUACUAGGAACGAUCACAGGUAACGACUCAAAUGGAGAGUGUCGUUCUCUCGGGGUGGUGUUUCUAGAUUUUAUUGGGACAAAACGGAAGUUUUCUGAGUCUGAUAAAGAAAUAC